AUGGAGGAACUGGAAAACCGCUUCGGGAUGAAUCUUUGUCUCUCUGAGAAGGAAAGGGAAUCCAAAUUGAGGAAGAGGAAUGUGGGGACUUGUGGAAGGGAUGGUUUCAUUGGCAUAUUUUCAAGGUUAUGGAAAGGACUAGACGAUGUAUCUAUUAAGGAGAUAGAGAAUCGCCCUUUCUUGGUGAGGUUUUGCAAUAAGAAGGAUAAGUUACCGGAUAUGGAACCUUGGAAUUUUCGUUAUAGUUCGGUGGUUUUGGUUGAUGCGCGUGCAGGACUCGAUACCAGAGGCGUGGAAUUCCAUCACAGUACAUAUUGGAUCCAAUUGCAUGGCAUCCUUCCUUUUAAUAUGACUACAAUGGUGGCACAGAAAAUUGGAUCUCUUGUAGGGAAGGUUUUGGAGGUUGAUCAGGCUGAUGGUGUGGAAUGUAUGGGACGCUUCUUACAAGUUCGUACUCAAUUAGACGUGGAUCAACCUUUGAUACGAGGUGCUUUUGUCCAAUUUCCUGAUGAUGGAGCUAAGUGGGUUAAUUUUCAGUAUGAAUUUCUACCAGAGUACUGUUUUGUCUGUGGGCAUUUGGGACAUCCAAGCCGUAUCUAUAUUGAAAAAUUAGAGGCUGAUCAAGACCUCACAGAGAGCAAGGUGGAGGUUUUGCACGAUAUUUCCGGGCUUGAGGCGGUGGAGGAUUUGAGUGGCUGGCGAUUACGCUUUGGGGAACGUAAUGUUUCACAGGGGAAUAAUAGUACAAGCUCAGGGGGUAGAUGGCGUCAUGAGCGCUCUAGUCGCUUGGGAGAGCCUCGACAUCUGCAACAGGUAUGGUGCUGGCGGGAUGUGGGUGGUGCAUAUAUGUCUAGAGGGUGGAGAUGGAAGACAAUGCUACCUUCCCUAACAAAUAGGCUUCUCAUUCGCAUUCUUUAA